AACAUUCAAAGAUGGAUCAUCAUGUUUCUAAUUGGCGUUAGCACAGCUUGCGUUGCAGCCCUAAUUGACGUAGGCAUCAAUGCGAUAUCCAGUGUAAAAUAUUUGUGUUAUUUCCAAGAUUGCCUAGCUCAACCGUAUCUAAUAUGGUUGGCCCUUAGCAUUAGCUUGGUUUUUAUAGCGGCUGCUUUGGUUGUAUAUUUAGAGCCAGUGGCAAUUGGAAGUGGUAUACCUCAAAUUAAAUGCUUCCUUAACGGUGUGAAUAUUCAGCGAUGUGUCCGCUUGAAGACUUUGGUCGCAAAAGCUGUUGGCGUUUUGUUUUCUGUAGCUGGAGGUCUCCCUGUUGGGAAGGAAGGCCCUAUGAUACAUUCUGGAGCUGCACUGGCCGCUGCCAUUUCUAAUGGCAAGGUGACCAUAGGAAAAUGUUCUUUCAAUAUUUUUCAUUACUUUCGUUCGCCUGUGGAAAAACGUGAUUUUGUAUCUGCAGGUGCAGCUGCGGGUGUUUCUGCUGCUUUUGGUUCACCUGUAGGUGGUGUAUUAUUUAGCUUAGAAGAAGGUGCCAGCUUCUGGUAUCAAUCAAUUACGUGGAGAAUUUUUUUUGCGUCAAUGACAUCAACGUUCACUUUAAACGUGAUACGAUCCUUCAUCCAUGGUAUGCCAUUUAAUUUAUCUUUCCCUGGUUUACUAGAUUUCGGUGACUUUAAAAAGGGUGUCACUUACUACGGUUAUGAGCUACCUAUUUUCUUCUUAAUGGGCAUUGUUGGAGGAUUACUUGGCGCAUUAUUUAAUUACAUAAACUAUAAAUUAUCCUUGCAUAGAAUGAGGAAUAUUCGAAAGAGCUAUUUAAAAUUAUUGGAGGCGAUCGUUGUUAUCAUUGUUUGCACAGCUGCUGCAUUCCUGGCUGUAUCGUUAAAUCAAGGCUGUCAGCCAAAGUAUGAAGCCAUACAAUCAGAACUGGAAACUUUUAAUUUUACAUCGUUUAAGUGCGGUAAUGGCGACUAUAAUACAAUGGCGACAUUGUUUUUAAAUACGCCAGAGAAAGCGAUUAAAAAUAUGUUUCACACACCACAAGGUCUAUACACUAUACCGACAUUAAUUUGGUUUACAGUAAUAUUCUUCUUCACCGCUUGUUGGACCUAUGGAGUUAAUGUACCCAGCGGAUUAUUCGUGCCUUGUAUCCUAACUGGUGCAGCGUGGGGAAGGAUUUUGGGAGAACUUAUUAACUUAAUUCCAGGACAAGAAUGGUCAAGUCCGGGAAGAUAUGCUCUCAUGGGAGCAGCGGCUAUGUUAGCUGGCGUUGUUAGAAUGACGAUUAGCAUUACUGUAAUUCUUGUCGAAGCUAUUGGCGAUAUUGCGUUUGGAUUACCUUUGAUGGUGGUUAUUUUAAUUUCGAAAUUAGUUGGUGAUUAUUUUAACGAGGGAUUAUAUGACAUUCACGUACAAUUAAUGAAAGUGCCUUUGCUGCCUUGGGAACCGCCAGAUUUAUCUGGUAGUUUGACCGUAAAAGAUUUAACUUGCGAAUCUGUAAUUACCUUACGCAAAACGGAAAGAGUGGCCGAUAUCUACACUGUUAUUAAAGAUGCUGAUUUGAGGCAUAAUGGCUACCCAGUUGUUGAUGACGAUGGAACUGCGGCUACCGCGAAUAAUACUAAUGUUAAAGGAAGACUUAUUGGUUUAAUCUUACUUUCUGAACUCAAGACCAUUUUAGAAUUACAGCUGUAUAAAAGCAACCAUCCCUUAAAAGACUACCGAUUGAAUGGGAAGGAUUUCGAUACCUUUAAACAUUUUUACAGCAAGCACGAUGAUUUUUCGUGUGAAAUCCCACCUGAAGAUAUGAAUAAGACUAUUGACUUAACCAAGUUUAUGAACCCGUCCCCGUAUACAGUAUACGAGAACAUGUCCUUCCCACGAUUGUAUAGGCUAUUCCGUGGUUUGGGUCUUCGUCAUAUAGUCGUGAUCAACAGCAAAAAUCAAGUAAUAGGAAUUAUCACACGUGUUGAUUUGGCGCGAUAUCGGCAUUCACAAGCUGGUGGCAAGGUUAUUAUGGAGAAAUUAGCCAUAGUAUAA